GCGACUCUUCGUCUAUAUAUACCGCUAUAUAUAAUAUCUAUCUAUACGUGCGCCUAUAUCGAAAUCGGUGGUUCUGCAGCAAACAAUUCGAUUCGAAUUGCCGUAAUUUGACAUCAUGCUCACCCAUACACAGCCACCGGGCAAUAAAUAAUCAAAUAACAACAAAAACUCAAACCAAAAUAAAAAAGUUUAAAAGUUACGUUUUAGAUUUCUAAACGCUGAGCUCAUUAUUUCUGUCUAAUUAGCAUAAAAAGCCAUCGUAAAACGGUUGCACGAAGUUUUUAACAAAAUAUAUAGAAUAUAAAAUUUAUAGAACCAAUAAACAAAUUAUAGCAACCAUAAACCAAGGAAUACUGUGCUCUACCUCUGCUAUAUCCAAAAGGUUUCGAAUUUGAAAGAAACCCCCAAAACAGUGACCCAGUGACACAAUUAUACUGAACUUAUCAGCCACUCGUUUAGGCCAAUCUAAUACAAUCUAUCAGCGGAUUAAGAGCUCCUAACCAGCAUUUGUAAUUAAAUCUAAUAAAUGUAAUACUGUGAGGCAGCGGGUCACGUGAAUUUAAUUGCCAGAGUUUAUCAGGCAAAGCAAUUUCGUGUUAAUUAGUGUCGGAAUACCCAUAGAAAUAGUAAAUCUGCCCGAGCACCAUUUUCCCAGCUGUGAUUCCCUCACAAAUUUAUGCUCCACUUUCAUGUUAUGGAAUUUUCAAUGGACACCAAAAAAACUAAAAGGCACAAAUCAAAACCCAAAUGAGCAACACCUGAGCGAUCCAGCUGGGUCGCCCUCCAGUGCCAGCCCAAACACCACCACAGUUACAACCACCGCGGCCACUGGAGGAGGAGGAGGCGGAGGAGUGGGUACUGUGACACCCACCAAGAGUCCCCAGCGCAAUGCGCUCUUCCAGGAAGAUGCUUAUCAAUCGGCACUGGCUGGCGGCGAUAGCGUCGAUAACAUUGAGGCAGCAGCCGCGACAUCAGCCCAACUGGACGGUAAUCCGAGUGGCGGCUCGCCCGGGCAGCGGCACUCAAUAAACUCGGCCGAGUACACCUCCACGCCGAAGACCAGUCGGAGCGGGAAUGGUAACGGUAACGGUGUCGGUCCCAGCGGUAGUGGCACAACAUCGCCCAUAAAUUAUCAACUGCCCGCCGAUGACUAUCCCUAUGGUAUCGAAUAUGAGUCACAGCAACUCCAAUACCAGCAACAGCAGCAGCAGCAGCAACAUCCCGCGCCGCAACAUCAGCAACUGCCAGUAGCGGAUCAGACGCCCACGAUCACCUAUCAGAAUCUGCCGGCCAGUCGGCAGAGUUACGUCUCCCCUCCGGCCCUGGUCAUUCCCCAGCGUCAGUCCCUUCUGCCUUGGGGCGCCCACUCCAGGAGCUCCAUCAUCAACGUGCUGCCCAGCUACACCCAGGCCGAGAUGCACGCCCUGGCUGCCAGCGUGGCCAGUGUGGAGCUCUCAGCUCCGCGGCCGGGUGAGAUAGUGAUGCGGAACCUGUUCAGCGACUUUACUGUCCAGGCGGAGAAGAAGAUCGAGCUGGUGAUGCUGGAGAGUGCGGACAAGAACCUCUCCAAGCUGCUGCAGCGCGGUGAGGAUCAGCAGUUCGACCAGCUGCUGUCGGCCCUGGGCUCCGUGGCCGAGCACUGCCUGCCCUCGUUGCUGCACACCUUGUUGGCCUGGCAUCGCCGCCAGUUGUCCGACAUGGAGAUCAAGAACGACCUGAAGAAGCCCCCGCCAAGUGGCUGCAUCAACUCACAGUCUGCCGGCAAUAAGACGAUCGGGGACUUGGACUUUCAACUGCAGCGCAGGGAGGCCGCUGUUGAGUUCAUCUUCUGCCUGGCUCUGAUAGAGAUUUUGAAGCAGCUGCCCUUCCAUCCGGGCCACGAGGAUCUGGUGCGCAGCAUCGAGAAUCUGGCCUUCAAGCACUUCAAGUACAAGGAUGGCCUGCAGAAUAACCCGAAUGCCCACAACAUUCACAUGAUUGCCGACCUCUACGCCGAGGUUAUUGGCGUCCUGGCCCAGAGUCGGUUUGGGUCAGUGAGGAAGCGAUUCAUGAGCGAGCUGAAAGAGCUGCGCGGCAAGGAGGUGUCGCCCACCACCACCCAGAGCAUCAUCAGCCUGCUCAUGGGCAUGAAGUUCUUCCGCGUCAAGAUGGUGCCCAUUGAGGAGUUCGAGGCCUCGUUUCAGUUCAUGCACGAGUGUGGUCAGUACUUCCUGGAGGUGAAGGACAAGGACAUCAAGCAUGCCCUAGCCGGACUGUUUGUGGAAAUCCUAGUGCCUGUGGCAGCGGCUGUUAAAAACGAAGUGAAUGUUCCUUGCGUCAAGAACUUCGUGGAGCUGCUGUACGUACAAACGCUGGAUGCCUCUACAAAGUCCAAGCACCGGCUGGCGCUGUUUCCCCUGGUCACCUGCCUGCUUUGCGUCUCCCAGAAGACCUUCUUCCUGACCAACUGGCACUACUUCCUGGCCAUGUGCUUGAGCAAUUUGAAGAACCGCGAUGGCAAGAUGAGUCGCGUGGCGCUGGAGUCCUUGUACCGGCUGCUCUGGGUCUACAUGAUCCGCAUCAAGUGUGAGUCCAACUCGGCCACUCACUCCCGACUUCAGAGCAUUGUGAACUCGCUGUUUCCCAAGGGAUCCAAGGGCGUCGUUCCACGAGACACUCCCCUCAACAUCUUUGUGAAAAUCAUACAGUUUAUUGCCCAGGAACGUCUGGACUUUGCCAUGCGUGAGAUCGUCUACGAUCUGCUGUGCGUGGGUCGCUCUAUCAAGCUCAUCCUUAAUCCCGAACGCAUGAGCAUUGGUCUCCGCGCCUUCCUGGUCGUCGCCGAUUCUUUACAGCAGAAGGCUGGCGAGCCGCCGAUGCCCAGGACAGUGCCGGCGCUGCCCUCGGGGAAUACACUGCGCGUGAAGAAGACCUACAUCAACAAGAUGCUAACGGACGACACUGCUCGAAGUAUCGGCAUGUCGACAUAUUUUCCGCACGUGCGCCGUGUGUUUGUGGACAUCUUGAGGGCACUGGACGUGCACUACGGUCGUCCCCUGAUGAUGACCAAUACCCAGAAUCAAAACAAAGAGCCCGAUGAAAUGCUGUCCGGAGAAAGGAAGCCGCGAAUCGAUCUGUUCCGGACAUGUGUGGCUGCCGUUCCGCGACUAAUUCCGGACACAAUGACAGCCCAUGAGCUGGUGGAUCUGCUGUCCAGGCUGACGGUUCACAUGGACGAGGAGCUGCGCAUUUUGACGCACCAAUCGCUGACCACGCUGGUGAUUGACUUUCCGGAUUGGCGUCAGGAUGUCGUGCACGGUUACACCCAGUUUCUGGUGCGCGACGUCACCGACACCUAUCCGCAACUCCUGGAGAACUGCACGCGUAUCUUGUUCAACUUUCUCAACUUCUGGCGGUGUGCCAUCAUUGUGAACGGUGGAAACACCACAGCGAACGCUACAAACACCAGCUCGAAUGCGGCCAAUCCGGCGCAACAGAAGGCUGCCAAUACGGGAACAGUGGUCCAGGCGACUGUCGUCCAGGCCACUGUUGUACAGGCGCCGCCCGCUAAGGACACCGCCAGCAGCCAGCUGUCCAAGCAGCAGCACUUGAACACCGCCAGCAGUGCUGCCUCGAGCAUCACCACUUCCAGUGGCAUGUCGAGCAUCACCCAGCAUACGGUCCUCAACAUGGCUAGCGAUGCGGGGAAGAAGAACGAGAUUCCUCUGGCCACCACUCUGCACUUUGUGGAGGGAUUCGCGUUGGUGUUGCUCUGCAACUAUCGCCCCUAUUUGCGCAAACUGGCGGCCAUGAUUCUCAAGGAGGUGAAGAACCUGAUGCGGGCUUUGGGCAUACCCGAGACCGAGCCGCCACUCAUCGACGUGAUGGACCGGUGUGUGCCCACCAUAGUGGAGAAGUGCCUACCAUUGCUACCUCAAACGGAGAAGACGGCCAUCCUGAAUGCCAACUGCAUAGACCUGCAGUGGAUAGCCGAGAGAACCAGCGGCGUUUGGCUGGCAGGACUAACAGAUGAUAAUUCGAAAUCUUCCACAUCGACCCUGAACCUGUCACAAUCGAGCUCAACGCCCAAUGCCUCGGCUACUGCCGCCAGUUCCCCGCAGCCCCAGUUCGAUCCUUGGGCCACCUGCCUGUUUGGCUUGCUGGAGAGACAACGCAUUCUGCAGCAGUGUCCUUCGGCCGUGGCCCAGGCCUGGCCCAUUUGCUUCACACGCUUAAACGCGCUCUUCAGCGUCAUAGAUCCCACCCCUGUCAGUGACAAUCGAGCUUCAUUGCUGCGCAGUUCGGCGCCCACCAAAAAAGUGCCCACCGAGAGCCAGAAGGACUCGUACCUGCGCCUCUGGAGGAACCAGGUGGCCUGUGCCAUGAGACUGGUGCCCCAAAUCCCUAGCGUAGCUGUGCGCUGCGCCUCGCCCGAUCUGAGUCUGAGUUUGCAAGAUCAGUCGGACUCGCGUUCCCUGUCCGAUUCCCUGGACAAUAUACCAUCGAACGUGUUCGGCCCGGAGGGCAUCGUCACGCGCUUCACGCUGCCACUCUCCUACGGACGCAAAGAGGCGCGCCAAAAGCGACUUGGCUCAUCGCCGGACUCCCUGAACGCCGAUCGCAGUGACAAGUCGGCCAUGGGCAGCGCCUCGCCCCACGCCCUCUACAAGCUGGUGGUGCCCCUGCUCCGGUGCGAGGUGGUCGAUGUUCGGGAUGCCGCCGUUAACGCCCUGGGCCUGAUAAACCACGAUGCACUCAAGGAUCUGAUGGAGGAGCUGGUGGUCUACAUCCGGGAGGCCGUGGAUCGCAAGCAGGAAAAUAUGCGACGCAGGCGGAGGCGCGAUGCCCUGCGGCUGCAAGUGGUGCGUGUCCUGGAGAAGAUUGCCGAGAACGGGACAUUCGGAGUGAGCACGUGUGUUCUGGAGCGCGACACGAUGUCCCUGCAUCCCACUUUCGUGGAAUACAUCGAAGGGGCCAUGGCCUACCUUAUGGCGGAGACGGACAAGGAUAACCUAAGCAUUAGGGAGGUGAAGGCGCACUUUUGCAAUUUCAUACGCAAGAUGAUUAAGAACUUUUCACUCGAAUCCUGUGCCACACUGCUGUCGCGGGACCUGAAGCGUAAUCUAUUCAAUUUGUUUGCCACAUGGUGCGGCAGCUUCUCAAAGCCGCUGAGCAUUACCUCGCAGAUUGGCCAGACCCUUGAGGAGGAGAAGCUGCAGUUUAGUGCCUUGCAGGCCAUGUCGGCUUUGCUCUGUUGCGGUCACAUCUUCUAUCCACCACAUCUGCAAGACGACGGAAUGACAGCCACUUACAAGUGGCUAGACCUGCUCCUAACCUCCAAGGACGAAAAGAUUUAUCAAUUGGCCCGCGACACUGUGGUACUGCUCCUAGAAUCGAAUCCAGAUAUGGGCCAGCUUCUGGAGUGGGUUAUCGAUCGCUGCUAUACGUCGACGCCUCGCGAGGCGGACGCCUGCUUCCUGGCCCUGGCCUCGAUCUUCAGCGCCAAGGAGUAUCCAUGCGACCAUUACACAUCCGUGAUAACGGUGACACUUCUAAUGACGGGCUGUCCUCGCGUGGAGGUACACGCCACGGCACUCCAGCUUCUGCAGAUCCUGGACAAGCGUUUCUUCGGCAGCGUUGUGGGCACUCUGCACAGCGACAACGAGAAAGAGGACGACAAGGUGGGCACUCUGGAUGUCCUGCUGAGCAGUGCCUACUGUCGGUCGCAGCGGUUCCUGUCCAAGCAGCUGGCCCAACUACGCCCGGAGCUCACCAUGUCCAUAUUUUCAGAAAUCACACAUCGCUUCCAAAGCGCUCGAGAGGAUGUAAGGGCCCUGCUGCUGCAGUGCCUCUUGCCCUGGCUGCAGAACAUGGAACUGGUGGCCACCAGUGUGCCACCCGCCACGCCCCUGUCCUACAUUAUGUAUUUCCCGGACUCAGGGACACGAGGUCGUCGCGAGGGCACCGGCUCCACCGAGGCAACUGAAAUGAUUCUCAACAAUCUCUUCUACAUCACGGCCAAGUUCUCGGACGCCCAUCCGCGGGACAUCGAGGAGCUGUGGGGCACCCUCUGCCAAUUUUGGCCCAACAACCUUAAGGUCAUUUUGCGGUAUUUGGUCAUCAUGAGUGGCAUGGCGCCCACCGAACUGCUGCCCUACGCCAAGCGAGUGGCGCUCUAUCUGGCCCGCAGUUGUCCGGACCGCCUGCUGGACGAGCUCAUGGCCGAGCUGCAGACAGUGGAGACACUAAAUUGCUUGAUUGAAAGGACAGAGACACCGCCCUUCUAUCGCUUGACCAGCAUGCGGAAAGCUUCCAGCCACAGUGCCGAUGGUCAAGCAGGGGUAGGGGGAAUCAACGACUCCAGGAUCCAAGAUCUGGCCGUGGAAAAGGGCACAAUUCACACCAAGCGUCACAGUGGCGAGGAUCCCAUUAAAAUAGGAACCUGCAAGUCUGACAGUGGAAUCCGUGCUUACACCCAUGCUGCAGCCGCAGCUGCUGCCGCCGCCGUCACCCCAGGAUCGAAUGGAAAUCGUCCGCCCAGAGGAGCUGACAAAAUCCGUGCUGCAUCAGGUCCUUCCAUCUUACCAAGGCCGGAGGACAUCCUAAUUAACGAUCCAGAACUACGACAGGAGGAGAAUGUUGAGCUGCGCGGAGCCUCCGAUGCUGCUGCCAACGCUCAUCCGCAUCCUUUGCCCAUGCCGGAAUACGGCGGGUACUUUGCCCCGCUUACCGAGUUUCUGCCGGAUGUUAGUUUACCCAUCAGCGGAUUCCACAGAUGCAACGUGGCCGUCAUGCUGCUAACCGACAUUGUGGUUGAUGGAAUUCCCGCCAUUGACUGGACCCUGCAUCUGCCUUUGAUGCUGCACAUCCUGUUCCUGGGCCUCGAUCACACCCGCAUCAUUGUCCGGGAGCACUGCAAGCAGCUGUGUGUAAACCUGCUGAUCGUCUUGGCCGAGCACAAUGACCACCUGACCGUGGCCCGCAUCCUGCUGAACAGCGAGACCAGCAAACUGGACCUAGGACUGACUGUGCCUGCCCUGCCCGUGAUCGACAACAAUUUCACGGAGUUCCACCAGCAAUUCGAUAGCUAUUUGCUCCAUGUGAGUCCCCAGGCGACUGCCUAUGCCCUGCAGCACAACCUCUCCAGCUCCACGAUCAUUGCGGCGCAUUCCUCGUCGGUCUCCGGAUCAAACCAACAGAAUCUGCCGCAUACUCCGCAGAACCAGCAGCAGACUGGAUCGCAGAAUAACCAGAAUACCACACCACCUGGCUUGGCUGCCACCCCAGCCGCGCUCCAGAUAAAUCCGAACAACACUGAGAACUCGGAGGUGCCGCUGAUCCACCCCGACGAGCAUGCUCCGCCCCAGCCGGGGCCCAGUAUGCCCAUAGCCCACGUAAUCAAGAGUCUGCUGAAGUUCUUGGCCCAGGACACCUGCCAGCCACUGUGGAAUUACGAGGAUAUAACCGCCAAGGUCUGGGCUGUCAAGUCCGCGGAGCAGCUGAGUUGUUUCCUCAAGCACAUGGUCAAAGUGUUUGCGGAUAGCUACCCUCAGGCGAGGAUUGCCGAGCGCUGGGCCCAGACUGCCCUCCAGUUGGGACUGUCCUGCUCCUCGCGGCACUAUGCCGGACGAUGUCUGCAGAUCUUCCGGGCCUUGAAUGUGCCCAUAAACUCUAGAAUGCUAUCCGAUAUACUCUCCCGGCUGGUGGAAACAGUGGCGGAGCAGGGUGAGGAUAUGCAGGGGUAUGUGACGGAACUACUGCUGACUUUGGAGGCGGCUGUGGACAGCUUGGAUUCUGACUUCCGCCCUCUCGACGUGAUGAAGGAUAUCUUCAAGAGCACACCCAAUCUGAACAACAAGGAUGGCGGCCCCAACUCGAUACUGCCUGGCAAAAAGUCCCCGUCGGGAAUGACGCCACAGUCCUCGAAUUUCUCCAUACCCAGCCACGGUCGCAGCACCAGCUACUCCGUAUCCUACUGCGGCCGGAAAGCCAACAACUCUCCGUGCGACAAGCAAGUAGAGCUGCGCAAUCGCUCCUCCGGCAUCGAUCUGGAGCGUAGUGUCGUCUGCAAAUUUGGGGUCGGCGGAGUGGGUGGAGUGGGAGCCGGUUCGGCUCUCUCCCGUUCCCGCAGCGCCCAAAGCCUGAAGAUGCUCGGGGACACAGCCACGCAGGACGACAAGAUGACCAUUCUGGCGCAGCUAUUCUGGUUGUCCGUGUCGCUUCUGGAGUCAGACUACGAGCAUGAAUUUAUGUUGGCCCUGCGUCUGUUGACUCGAGUACUACAUAGACUGCCACUGGAUCGUCCGGAUGCACGGGACAAGGUGGAGAAACUGCAGCAGCAACUUAAGUGGACAGCCUAUCCGGGAGUCCAUGCUCUUCUAUUGAAGGGCUGCACCCACAGUGCCACCUAUGAGCCAACCAUCACGCUGCUCUCGCAGUUCGCUCCACUCCUCACGCUUCCCGUCUGCGAUCCCACCCAGAGCUGCGCCUUUCCCAUGAAUGUGAUCGCCCUGCUGCCCUACAUGCUGCUCCACUACGAGGAUGCCAACGAGAUCUGUAUUCGGAGUGCGGAGAACAUUGCCCAGGUGUCCACGGAGCUGGGAGCCAAGCUGGAGAACCUGGGCACAGUGAUGACUCUGUACAGCAGGAAAACCUUCUGCAAGGAGUCGUUCCAAUGGACCAAGUGUGUUGUCAAAUAUCUGCACGACACCUACGCCCACAUGGGACUGCACAUGGUGGCUUUCCUGAUAGAAGUCCUGGAAAAAGGACCGCAGCAAGUGCAAGUUCCGGUUCUGAAUGUGAUCCAUUGUAUGCUGCACUACGUGGACUUGUCGGCUCCUCAGGCUCAGACCAUAAAUGCGGAUUUGCUGAGGGCCAUUGGAAAGUACUUGGAUACGGUGAACUGGAAGGACUCACUGAAGAUCCUGAAGCUGAUUGUUACCCGCAGCUCCUCGCUGCAGGUCGUACCGCCCAGCGACGGCAGCAGCGCCGGCUUAUCGUUCUCCUUCUAUGGCGCAUAUCCGGACUCGGAUAUGUUCUGUAAAAAGGAACUGGCCGGUCGCACCAUGGAGUUCACCUUCGAUGUUUCGCAAACGCCUCUCAUAGGACGACGGAUCCUGCUGAAGACGGAAGACCCGGCGGCUGCCGGCUGUGCUGCCUCCACGACUGGCAGCUCCUCGCUGAACUCGACGUUGACGAAUGCCACAACGGUGACGGUGGCACCGAGUGCUGCCCAGCAGCAGGCCAAUGCCCAGCUGCAGCAGCAACGAGCCCACACCAAUGUGGCAGCCAUUGCGGCGGCCGCAGCAGCUGCUCAGCAUCAGCAACAGCAGCAGGCCAUCGGAGCCGGAAGCAGUGUGGUGGGCACCCCCAACUCUCCCCGACGGAGUGCCAGCCUGUCGCCGGCGGACACAGUGCCGCUAAGUGGAUGGAAGCGGCCGUGGAUGUCACAGUGCCGCGUGCGUGAGUGCCUGGUCAACCUCCUGACGACCUGCGGUCAGCGUGUGGGCCUGCCCAAGUCCCCAUCGGACGAUUUCAUAAAUUCAAUUUGCUCAAAGGUUAUAUUCAGUCAGUCUUCGGAUCUGAUGGAGCGUCAAUCUUCGGCUGCUUCUUCCACGGAAGAGACCUCUGGUCCCCAGGGAGAUUUGAGCAGCGGCUCCCGGCGGGACGACGGCCAGCCCGACUUUACUGUCUUUAAGGACUUCGAUUUCCUAGAGUACGAGGACAGUAUUGCCGGCGAGUCCACGGAUAACUUCAACUGGGGCGUGCGACGGCACCAGCUCUUCGAGGGCGAUGAGGAGCGCCUUAAUUGCGGCAGUGGUAUCGGUGGCUCCAUCAAAGGUGGCCAUUCCUCCGCUCUCGAGGACAGCUUCAGUGACAAGACGCCCAUACUGAGCAAGCGAAAGCGACAGACUGCCGACGAUUCCUCCGACGAAGAGGCUGAAUCUGAGUCACCAUUGGACGAGGACCAUCGCCAGUCCUUCUUGAAGUCCGGGUACAGUGCGGUGCCCCCCACAUCGCUGAGCCUGCGUGAGCGGAGGCGUCGCAAUUCAGUGUCGCGCAGUGACACCAGUGGCUCAAGUGCUGGUGAUUUGGGUGACAUUACGCCUUGCAAUGCUUCACCCCACUUACCGGGCAUCAUUCGAUUUGGAGCAGCUGUUCGGGACGAGGCGGAGGAUAACUGGCGCCAGCAGCUGCAAGGAAUGCUGGUCAACCAGCCAUCGGCCCACACCUCGGAGCUGCUGCAGCAACUGCACCGACUGAUCAAGGAGUUAACCUUCAAGACCAUUAGUAUUUCCAAGGAGGCCAAGAAGUUCUUUACCGGAAUUGGAUCUCAGCUUGGCAACCGUAUCUCCCUGUUCACAGAUUUGCUCAGCUCCCGGGCAGAUCCUCCACAGGUUUGGUGCAGCGAGCAGCAGGCUACCACACCCAAGCUGUUUGAGACAUUGCGGUUCAAUGUUCUGGAGGUGCAGGAACAUCUAGAGACCUUUUUCGACCGCAAGGAUCAAGUUUUGGAGUGCCUGGACGCCGUGAAAACCAGUUGCAAGCUAUCGCUUUUCAAUGAGGCUGAUGUGGCUGCAUCUGGUCUAGAAUUGCCCACCUCAUCUAGCAUAGCCUACAUGCCGUUUGAUCCUGCCUCCACUGAGGUGGUCCUGGACCUGGGUCGCUCUCUGUACAAGCUGAUGUUCCAGCUGCUUCUAUUGAUUGAAUCGAAUCACAAGAUAUCCUCAAAUGUGGUCAACCAUUUCCGCAUUAAUGAAGACAUGCACGACAUAUCCGAUCUCUAUGCCCUUGUUCGCGAUGCCCUGGUGCGCUACACAAGCGAAGCCGAGCUGGACUGCCUGGAGUCCUCCACUUCCACUGAGGGCGAGCACACGCCCACCCCCUCACCCGGCUUGCCCAUGACUCAGGAGGAGUUCGAGGUGGGCCUGCACGAGCACAUCGAUCUGCAGCGCUGGCCCAGCGCCAUUGCCCAUGUGCGUCAAUAUCGUCGUGUCGCCACCCUGAAUGCCGCUGGCGACCAGACCAUGACCAUUUUCACCUACAGUAGCCUAGACAACCGGCAGAAGUGGGACGAGAUGUCUGUCAUACUGAACGCAUAUGCUCAUGGUAUUAUGAAGGAUCGCACAGCAGAAGCCUUCAUCGUAUCCAAAUCCGACUCGGAACUGUUCGAAAUCUAUGCCAUUCUCUCAGAGAAUCUAUAUCAUGUAUCCAGCGCUCUGACCAACAUGGAAAUAAGCAUGAAGAGCUACUCCGCGGGCAGUGCAUCGGGCAACCUUCAUCGCAGCGAACAGGACAUUGUGACAAAUCUUUAAACUUAUCCUUAGUCUAAGUAUAUCGCAGAUAGGAAGACCCUUUUAUAUGUAAUCUAUUAGCUCAUAAGCUGCAUUCUAGACACUACUCCGUGUACGUAAGCGAUCAUUAUUCUUUUGUGAGCGAACAAAUGUGUUAGGUACGAUCCAAUUAUGCAAAUAUAUUUAUCAAUUACA